CACACACACACUUUAAUUCUCUUCAACAACAAAAAAGAAAAAAGAAAAAAAGAAGUUAUAGCUCUUUGUUCUUCUCCCUCGCUGAUUAUCUUAGGUUAAAACCUUCUUUAAGAUCUUUUUUAAUCAGGUUUUACUUAAUCUGCUACCCACAAAACCCGAAACCCCUUUUUUUCCCCUGGUCUUGCAGGAAGAUUCCAGGCAAGGCAAAGCAAAUGUCAAGUCAAGACAGCACCUUUUUUCUCCUCUCUUUAUUGCUGCUCUCCACAAACAAAUGGUCAUUUGGGGUGGUUUAGGGUUUUGCAGAGAAUAUAAUGGUGGUGCAGAGAGAGAGAGAGAGAGAGAGUGAGAGAGGAGAACAGAAGAUAAACAAGAAAUUAAGAAAACAAAAGAGUGGGGAGAGGCAAUAAUUAGGAGAUGGACCAGUGUGCAGGCUGUGAGAGAGAACUAACAUGACCUUGUCGGUUGUUUAGCAAGAGUCCCACUGUCUCUCUCUCUCUCUCUCUCUCUCUCUGUUUUCAGUCCCUAAUUGUCAUAACUGUUUUUUUAGUACAAAACCCACAAACCAACCUAACCUGUUCCUCGGAUCGAUGGGUUUCAUGGGUUUGGAUAGGGUGUUAGGAAACACAACUCUCCUAGGCAUCUUUGCUUCUCUUUUCGCAUAAAAAUUUAAAAUCUUAACAUCUUUUUUAUAUCUCUACAUCUAUCACUCUCUCUUACAUAUAGUGUGAACUUCUGGUGGUGCAGUUACAGCUUCCUUACUACGAGUUUACAGUUUCUAAUUGAUCAAGAACAGGAGCUGAAAUUAGUGAAAUGGGUUGGUGAGUUUUGCACCUAUCAACGUCAAAAUCAGAAGAAGAGAGGAGUGAUAACUUACUCCAGUGUUCCCUGGUGAUUAGCUCUUUUAUCAAGUUUGUUUCGUCGGAUUAGAUGGGCUAGCUGGAUUAGGGUUGAAAAGGAUCACAGGAAGAUCCAUGGUUUGGAGAGAGAUCAGCUGGAAGCUAAUUAUCUGUGCUUCAAGAAGAUACAUAUGUUAAGGCAAGGCAGGUUGAGAUCAAGAUUUAAAUCAAGAGUUUAGAAAGCAAUUAAGUUACAUGGAACUAAGAGGCCAAGAUAAGGGAAUAGUGAUGCCAAAGUCCUUGAACUACAAUCCACCAGAUAAUAGAGAUUCCUCCUCGAAAGUCCCUAAUUCUGCUCCUGCAAGAAGAGAUCAUCAUCAUGCUGCUGCAGUGCUACCUCAUGCCCUUGGGCACCAAUCUCUUUAUCAACAACAACAACAACAACAAGCUCAGAAACCCACAACAGAUCUUGACCUAACACCAGAUCCAGUUCAAGCUACAACCCCAAUUGCAACUACAGGUGCAAUAAACACAGCACAAACUCCAAGUAGAUCACUUUCAAGAUCACCACCACCAACACCAGCAUCUUCGGCAUCAACAAGAUAUAGAGAAUGUUUGAAGAAUCAUGCGGCGAGCAUGGGAGGACAUGUUUUGGACGGAUGUGGAGAAUUCAUGCCCGGCGGUGAGGAGGGUACCCUAGAAUCCUUCAAAUGCGCAGCUUGUGAAUGUCACAGGAACUUCCACAGAAGAGAGAUUGAUGGAGAGCCGCAAUGUGUAGCCAAUAGUACCCUCUACAAAAUCAGCAAUGGCCAAAGAAAUAUAUUACCGCCUCAACACCUUGUUACUUCAUGUGCUCCACGACAACCUUUUCCUCAUCAGCAUCACAGAUACCAUCAAGGCACAUUGAGUGCUUACACCACUCCAAUUGCGCCGAUGAUAAUGAGCUUCGGCCGCGGCGAUGGAGGUGGGGCUGCUGCGGAAUCAUCAAGUGAGGAUCUCAAUAUGUAUCAAUCAAAUUUGCAAGGGCAAGCAUCAGUGCAGCCAUCGAUGUCGAGGAAGAGGUUCAGGACAAAGUUCAGCCAGGAUCAGAAGGACAAGAUGACGGAAUUUGCUGAGAAGUUGGGAUGGAGGAUCCAAAAGCAAGAUGAGCAAGAAGUGCAGCAGUUUUGCUCUCAAGUGGGUGUAAAGAGAAAAGUUUUCAAGGUUUGGAUGCAUAACAAUAAACAAGCCAUGAAGAAGAAGCAAGUGUAAGAGAAAUCAAAACCCUUGAAAAUCAAUACUACUAUUGUUAUCAAUUAGGAGAUGAAGGUAAAUCUAGACAGUCAAUAAUUAGAUAAGUGUGAAUAACCAAAAAGAGAGGAGAAGAUAGCUUAGCACUCACUACUAUUUUUUCUCAAGUUUCAAGUAAUACUCCUGCUUGUUAACAUC